AACACAAAAAAACUUUUUUUUAUUAUUUUUUUAAGUUUUUUCCAUUUUUUCAAAAUUCAAAUUUUUACAUAACACUCACUCACACACCAAACACUGUCCCGUCAACAAACUCCCAAGUGCUAAACGUGCGUCAUGGAAAUAAUUACGAACUUGUUGUGUGGCACUGUGGAUUCGAUCAAAGGCAUCAAGACACUCUUCUACUUGGAUCAGGAGAUGAAGGCUCGCAAUGCCAGCAGGAUAUUGCUCGAGCAGCAGCAGCAGCAACAGCAACAACAGAAAGGUGAAAGUCCAACAAAGAAACAGAGGUCUGGAAGUGCAACGCCUGUCAGUAACUGCGACAAAAACAAAAGUGCAGAUGAGAAUAGUGUUUCAAAGCGGGUUUUUCAGUGUUGCGCCCUGAAUGGAGGGAUCUUUUUUCUGUCCAUCGCUUUCAAAAAUUACAUUUUAAUGCACGGCAUUCGGCAUAUCGUCGAUAUUAUUUACGGCGAUGUCGAUCGAAGUGCUCGAAUGUGGCGCUAUAUCGAACCAACGCUCGACGGGUUCUUCGGCGUGUUGUGGAUAAUGCCUCUUUUUCUCCUGAGUCGCACAGUUAACAGUCUCUGGUUUCAGGAUAUCGCGGAUUCUGCCUUCAAAAUCAGGAAAGGACGUCCCCAGCUGUUUCCGAGCAUCAGUAAAUUCAUCGCCGACGUGUUAAUGUCGCUUCUUGUGCAAUGUUUGUUCCUCGGACAAAUUUGGCUCGUGAAAUUUGUGCCGCAUCCGUACUUGGCGCGUGCUGUUUCCUUCAUCCAUUUGGCUCUGCUGUAUUCCCUGUACUCGUUCGAAUACAAAUGGUUCAAUAUGGGAUGGGAGCUGCACAAACGCUUGACAUACAUCGAAUAUAAUUGGCCCUAUUUCCUCGGAUUUGGCAUCCCAUUGGCGAUUCUCACGGAACUGCCGAGCGAUUUCUUCGUCAGUGGAUGUGUCUUUUCGACACUUUUCCCGCUGUUCAUCAUUAGCGGUAACGAGGCGUCGCCCAAAGCAAUCACAUACGACUUUCCCAUCAAAAUUUUCUCGCCCGUUAUCCUCAUUUCGAAUCUAAUCAUCAAAUUCAACUACUACAAAAUCUUCAAUUUGUGGUGCAAGACAUCGACGCCCGCACAUCGUAGCAAUAGCAGCAGCAGCAGUAGUUAUAGUUACAACGCGAAUGCGACUCCGAGUUCUGUGACGCCCUCAAGCAGUUCGCGAUCAACGCCCGUACCCACAAUGGCUCAAAUCCAACGACGAACACGCAAUUUACGGUAAUAAACAAUCGAAAAUCAACAAAAAAAAAUAAAUGCCAUCACUCAGCUCAUCCUUUUAACUGAAGAAAAAAAUGAUAUUUACGACGACAAAAGCUUAUCUGAAAAGAAAUAAAUAAAAGGAGAGCUCCUUAAAGACUUAUACAAUACCAAUAACCGAAAUUCAUUGACUGACUAAGUUUUUUCGUGAAAUUCGUAAAACAACAAUUUUUCUAUAACAUAACAACAACGUCAUAUUUUGUAAAAAUAAAUAAAAAAAAAUACGUAUUAAAGUCAAAUAUUUGUAACAAUUAAAUUAUUUUUCAAUUAUUUAUCCACUUUUGUAAUAAAAACAAAUUUUUAAAAUUAAACAAAAUGACAAGUCAUAAAAUAAUAAUGAAAAAAAAAAUUAAAAAUGCUUAAAAAAUAGUUAGUCGUUAGCUUAGCUGUUUAAAAAAAGUGUUAAGGAAAACCCGUGCUUAUUGUAUAAAAAAUACAAAAACCAGUAAAAAUAGGAAAACAACUGAAAUGGACAAGAGAAAUUUGCUUAAAAAUAAAAUAUGAACUGAUUGUGAUACUCCUUUAACCUUUAACUUUUUUUUUGUUUGUAAAUACAUAUUUAAAGAAAAAAAUUGCUACCUAAUGAUUUUUUUGCUAAUUUCAUUGAAAUUACUGCUAAUUAUCAAUAUAAGGACGGAAUGUUGUAAUUCUAAU